AAAGGUUUAAAAACUGGAUUUUGUCAGUUUUUCGGAAAAGUGUGAUCGGCAGCAUGAAAAUUGUGAAGUAUCUGAUGAUUUUCGGAGUGCUUGGAUUUGCAGCUGGAAAAAGUAUUCCGCUCAACCAACAACUUUCUCGCAAAGAUCGGUUAUUGAAGAGAAUUCAAUGCAUACUCGGUGAUCAGCAACAAUGUGACCGAAGAGUUUUAGAACAAAGAUGGUACAGGGAAGAAGCCAGUACAAUAUACAUCAAUGGGAAAAUUUAUACUGUUCACGGUCAACGCUGGAAUGAAACUCCACAGGAAGCCAUGGUUGUGAAAAACGGUAAAGUUAGUUUCAUAGGAACAUCCAGUGAGGCUUUGGAGUAUUUCACAUGUCGGAGCACGGUGUUGAAUCUCCACGGUGCAACAAUACUUCCAGGAUUCCAUGAUGUCCAUAUUCAUCCCUUAGAGUCAGCGUCGGAUGUUGGUGGUACAUGUCAGCUGAAGCCAAACACAGACCCCGAUAGUGAAGAAUUUAAAAACAUUUUCAGAACAUGUGCCAAAAGGCAGAUAGGAACAAAAUGGAUUCUUGGAGGCGGUCAUUCAAUAUCAAGUAUUUUGAAACACAUCAGGAAUGGUGGAAAACCACCAAGGAAGAUAAUUGAUGAAGUUUUACCAGAUGUCCCAGUUGUCAUGUUGGAGGAAACAUCGCAUUCAGUUUGGGUGAAUACCAAGGCACUCCAACUGGCUAAUAUCACAAAAAACACAACGAGAAGACCUGGUGGCGUUAUCAUGAGAGAACCUGUAACCAAUGAGCCUAAUGGAAUUCUUCUAGAGGAUGAGGGUAUAUCCAUCAUGGAAUUUGCCUUGAAGCCAACGGCUGAGUUAGAGGAACUUAAUUAUCAAGGACUUAUAUAUGGUCUUGAAAAAUUAAACACUAAUGGCAUAACCUCAGUAUGUGAUGCCAGGUUGUUUUGGACUCGAAAUCACGACAAAGCGUGGGAUAGGGUAUGUAGAGAAGACAAAUUGACGGUGCGUGCUAAUCUUGGACUUUGGGCAUAUCCACAGAAGGAAGACGAAUACCAAAUUCAAAAACUGAAAGACAUUUACACUAACGGUAACCCAGAUUGCUUCUUGAAGAAAAAUCAAAUUAAAGUGUACAUUGAUGGCUUGCUAGAAAGUACAACCGCCGCCAUGGAGGAACCCUAUUUGGAGAACUUGCAUUUACCUGGUAUUCCUGACAACAGAGGCAUGAAUAUUUUUGACCAAACCCGUUUAACGAAGUACGUCAGAGAACUUCAGCACUUUGCUGCAGGCAAAGGCUUUGAUUUCCAUAUUCAUGCAAUUGGCGACCGUGGUGUUCAUCAAGCACUGAAUGCGUUCAAUGAUUCGUGGAUCCAUGGCACUCGUCAUCGAAUGACUCACUUGGAACAAGUUGAUGAGAUGGAUAUCGACCGCUUCGCACGUUUAAAUGUCAUUGCUGACUUCCAAGUCGCUGGAAACUUUACUCUACCCUCUUAUCGAAAAACACUUUCAAAAUUGGUUGGAGAAGACAGGGCGUACAAGUCCAUUCCCGUAAAAAGCGUGUUUGACACUGGGGCUAAGGUGACACUAAGCAGCGACUGGGAUGUCAGUGAUCUGAACCCCUUUGUGGGCCUCCAGCACGCUAUUUCUAGAGGACAUCAGUCUAUCAACAUCAAAUCAGCCGUGGAGAUGUAUACAAUCAAUGCCGCUUACGCUAUGCGGCAGGAAGAUGAUGUUGGAUCCCUGGAAGUAGGAAAACAUGCUGAUUUUGUCGUUAUCGACACGGACAUCAUGGAUCCUUCUAAUAAGGACUCCAUUUAUCAAACCCAAGUCCUCCAAACCGUACUGGAGGGUGAGGAGGUUUUCUGGAAAAGAAAUGAUUUCAUCACGGAUGUCACCUGUACGGUUGACGAAGGAGAGUGCUAUUACAAUGGCUGCGACCAUUACUAGAUAUUUUUUAAUUUCUAAAUUUUGUAACUUUCUUUCAAAUUUAGCUGCAUCUAAAAUAUUGUAUCAAUAAAUAAUUACGAAUUA